AAAAUAAAUACAUUUGUUGUCCUUGCUUUUGCAUUCAUUUUGAAUAUUUGUUUCAAAGUUAGAACUUGAAGACGGACUUAAUUUCAACGAAAAUUAUCCUAAGAAAAUGAAUAUGGACUCACAAGAUUUCCAAGAGGAUGCUAGUUGGACCGAAAAUUUUAUAAAUAAUGUUCAAAGUCGUCAAGCGAUUUAUGAUGCUUCAAUGGCGGAGCACGCAGACAGAAAUUUUGUUUCCGGCCUGUGGGAAGAAAUUUCAGAAAAGAUGGUACCUACUUGGCACAACAUGUCACCAAUGGAAAAAAAUGAAAAAGUCAAAGAACUUCAAAAUAAGUGGAAAAAUUUGAAGACAUGCUUUCGCCGAGAGCUCAGUAAACAAAAAAAUGUAAAAUCGGGCCAAGCAGCUACUAAGCGGCGCAAAUAUGUUUACUUCGACCAAUUAUCUUUCCUUUUGUCCUCGAUGGAAGACCGCCCAACCGUCAGCAAUUGCGAAAUAGAAGAAUUUGAUGAAAAUUUGGAGGUAUUCUUAACAGAAGAACAGAAUACACCCGAAAUAACCACACAGAUCCAACCGACUGGAUCCAAAAAAAAGAAAACGACAUAUGAGCAGGAUUUGUUGGAGAUUUUAAGGGAGAAAAAAGAUGAAAAUUUAGAUGAAGACAAAUCAUUUUUACUGUCCUUGUUGCCGUCAUUUAAAAAACUCAACGACAGCGAAAAAUUUGAUGUCAAAAUUGAAUUUUUGCGCAUUUUAAAACGAAAGGGCCAAAACAAAGAGAGCUUCAAAAAGAAAGAAUCACACAAACGAUAUCAUUCGUAUUCAAAGAACGAUUCGGACUCCGAAUCAAAUUAGUUAGU